AUGAAGGUAUUUCUUGUGAUGCUUUUGGUACACAGAGUAGUUACUCCGAGCUGCCCUGCAAGUGAUGUUUUCCUUGUGCCACAUGAAUGGUACCAGCCUGGUGACUUCAUCGUUGGUGGGAUGGAAUCUCAAAUGGGCUACCACAUUUUUGAAAUUAAAUUUAGUGAAAAUCCUUCUAUAAAACCUUACGACAUACCAAUUAUAUUCACCAAAUUUCAUCAACAUGGCCUUGCCUUGGCCUUUGCUGUGAAGGAGAUCAACGAGGACACCCAGAUCUUACCUAAUGUCACUCUUGGGUUCCACAUCUAUGACAGUUACAACAAUCCAAGGAUGACCUAUCGCACCACUCUGGACCUACUUUUUAAAUCCCAGGAAUUUGUCCCUAACUACAAAUGUGAUAGCAAGAAGAAUCUCAUGGCUAUCAUUGGGGGACUGGAUUUUGUCACAUCAUCUCGUAUUGCUGAAAUUACAGGAUUCUUCAAAAUUCCACAACUGACAUACGGCUCAUUAGCCCAAGGGGAAUUUGAGAUCAGUAAACUCUCUUCACUUUAUUUCAUGGUUCCCAGAGAGGACCAUCAGUACAUUGGGAUUAUCCAACUGCUUCUCCAUUUCAAGUGGACAUGGAUUGGGAUAUUUACUGUUGAGAACAACGAUGGAGAAAAUUUCUUACAGAAAAUGCAGCCCUUACUUUCAGAGAACGGAAUCUGCUCAGCGUUCAUAGAAAGGCUUUCACAACUAAUCCACAUUGAAGACUUUCCAGAAAUAUAUCAAAGAAUCUCUAGUAUUACCAUGACUUGGAUAAAUAGCAAAGCCAAUGCAUUUCUUGUCUAUGGAGAAUCACUGCCAAUUAUAUGGCUAAGAUUUGUCACAUUUAUGACAGAUCCUGAAAGCAAGGAAAUUGCACUAUUUAGAAGGGUGUGGAUCACGACUGCACAGAUUGAUUUCGUAUUAUCAGGAUUUCAAAUCAGUUGGGAUCUCCACAUGUUCCAUGGGGCUAUUUCCUUCACUGUUCAUUCAAAAGCAGUUGCAGGUUUCAAGGAGUUUCUUCGGUCUGUAAAUCCUCUUUCAGACAGCAGAGAUGGAUUUCUGCAGGACAUUUGGGAACAAUCGUUUGAUUGUUCAUUUCCAAAAUCAGAAUUACAAGAAAUGCAUAGUAAGAAAUGCACUGGGGAGAUGAAGCUGGAGGAUCUUCCUGCACCUGUAUUUGAAAUGGAAAUGACUGGCCAAAGCUACAGUAUCUACAAUGCUGUUUACGCUGUGGCUCAUGCUUUGCAAGCUCUACACAUGUUGGGUUUCAAUAAGAAGAAAACUAUGAUGGGUAAAAAAACUGAUCUUCUACACCUCCAGGCUUGGCAGGUUCUUCCACUUUCUCGAUGUAAUGAUCCUUGUUUCCCUGGAUCCCGGAAGAAGGGGAUUGAAGGGGAUCAAUUCUGUUGCUAUGACUGUGUUCCAUGUCCAGAAGGGAAGAUUUCAGAUCAAAAUGAUAUGGAUGACUGUUUUCAAUGUUCAAAAGAUCAUUAUUCAAAUAAAGAAAAGAAUGGAUGUAUCCUGAAACCAUUGGUGUUUCUAACCUUUGAAGAAUCUUUAGGAAUUGGCUUAGCUUCAGCAGCUCUUGGUUUCUUCUCACUGACAUCUUGGGUACUUGGAACAUUUAUUAAGCACAGGGAUACUCCCAUUGUCAAAGCCAACAAUCGGUCCCUCACCUACACCCUCCUUGUCUCUCUUCAGCUCUGUUUUCUCUCCUUUUUGCUCUUCCUCAGCCAACCUGGCAAAAUGACCUGCAUACUCCGGCAACCAAUGUUUGGCAUCACUUUCUCAGUAGCCAUUUCUAGUGUACUGGCCAAAACCAUCAUUGUGGUUGUGGCUUUCAUGGCCACUAAACCAGGUUCUCAGAUGAGAAAAUGGGUAGGGAGAAGAUUGGCCUUUUCUAUUGUCCUCUCUUGCUCUCUCUUCCAAGUAUGUAUUUGUAUUCUUUGGUUGUCAACAUCACCUCCAUUCCCUGAGUUGGACAUGCAGUCAGAGCCCCAAAAACUGAUUUUGCAAUGUAAUGAGGGGUCAGCUUCCUUCUUCUAUUGUGUCUUGGGCUACAUGGGUAUCUUGGCUAUUGCUAGCUUUAUUGUGGCUUUUCUUGCCCGUAAAUUACCUGACAGCUUUAAUGAAGCCAAGUUCAUCACCUUCAGCAUGUUGGCCUUUUGCAGUGUGUGGAUCUCCUUCUUUCCAGCCUAUCUGAGCACAAAAGGCAAAGCCAUGGUAGCUGUGGAGGUCUUCUCCAUUUUAUCCUCCAGUGCUGCAUUACUGGGAUGCAUAUUCCUCCCAAAAUGCUACAUCAUUGUUUUGCGACCUGACCUAAACCACAGGGAGCAACUCACAAAGAGGAAUUAG